GUCCUUGUCCUUCCCUCUCGCCGCACCCCAGGCUGGGGCUCGUUGCUUCCACUUCUCUCUCCACACUUGGCACAAGCUUUCUUUCCCCUUUGUUUGUUAUCGGUGUUUUUCUCAAGUGAGGCGUGGGGCCGGCCCCCUCCUGGGGCGGAGGUUACUGGGAAGCUCCCGUCCUUCGACCCCAGCGGGCCCUGGGUUGCUGGGGACCCUCUCAAGGCCCUUUUUACUUCCCAGGGCUGCGUGCUCGCUUGGGGCCCUCUCCCCAGUUACUGUCUGCGGAGGGGCCGUUCCUUUCCUGGUUUCAACAGGUGAGGCCGCUAUCUGUCAGAAGGGAACUUUUUGUACCAUUUGCCUCAGACACGGUCUAUCUGCACGUUCUAGAGUUUUAUUAUUCAAAAAAUAAAUGUCACUUAUUUGUUGGUUCUGGUAACUGACUUCUGAAGAAAUAUGGAACCAACCAAUCCCGUAGAGCAACCAAUCUUCACGUAUAAAGGUAGCUGGGAUGUUUCCAUUUAGACCUUUUUGGAUUGAGGGGGUGCCAUGCAGCGAGAAGCAGAGAGAUGCAGAGUUCGAGUCAGGAGGCCUGACAUGGCACUUUAUGUACCCAAAGCUCGAAGGGGCAUAGUAGUGCACAAAUCAGGUGAUGAGGGAAAAAGCUGUGGUCCACCUAACUCCGUGGUAAAAGAAGAACAAAAGGAAGAUUCUUUCUCUCAAAAGGGGAUCAUUAGAGACAAGCGUGAGGCUCAAAGACUAAGUAUUAAUCCAGAUAAAAAGGAACACAAUCAUAGGGAAGGAAAGAAAUCUUCAACAAAAUUUAAGAAAGAUGUGUGGCUUCAAGAAAGAAAUAAAGAUAGUGUUUGUACUAAGAGGGCAACCACAGAAUCCAAAAAAGUAUUAUCCCAAGGACAUCAGCAAAGAGUCCCAAAUCCUGGGAUUAUACCUAUCAUACCUUUACAAAGACAUUUUAAACCAAAGAAGGUAGAGUGUUUGGAGGUUGAAACCAGAGAUGUGACAGAACAGGAUGGGUUGCUUCAAUCUCAGUCUUGUUCAGAAAUCAGUAAGGCUCAGGUUCCAAACAAACCAUUCCAAAAUGUGGAAUUCUGUGAUUUCAAUAGGCAUGAACUAAAUGGGGAAACAUUUGAAGAUAGAAAUUUGGAAAGCAGAAUGGAAACUGAUGCCAGGGUUGCAGAGAUACUAUCCCAAUUUCCUGGAGAUUUUAGUUCUGUGGUGAAACCUGAGAGUAUGAUUGCACCAGUAAAACCAAGCUCUGAUUCUGGAAUUGUACAACAAGGCAUGCAGACAUCGGGUGGAAUGCUGAAGCGCAGCAACGGAGGCAUCACCACUGAUUCUGUUCCUGGAAGUCCAGUUGGUAUCAUUGAUCAGACUUGCAUAGACUUGGAUGCUGAGAAUGUUGGUGAUACAGCCAACAGUACAGAUUUCAUCUUGGGUCAGAAAGGUAUAGAUUCCAUUCCUGAGACUAUGGGUCACAUCUCUCAUCAGAUGACUACAGUCAGCAAAUUAGAGAGCAUAAAUGGCAUUUUUGAUCCAACAAUGAUUAGAGAGUGUGAGGAGAAUGACAGCACUGCUGAUGAGUUAUGUGUAAAGUGUGAAUCUUCUGAUACAGCUGUCCUUGCUCAUGAAACAUAUACAAAUAAUGGAUCUAAGAGUGUAGGUGACAUUACCAAUAAGACAUGUAUGAUGGACAUUACAGAUAUCAUAUCUGAUCAAAUAACUGUAGUUGCUGUUAGAGUAGCUCAUGAGGCCUGUAGCAACACAAGUAGUUUUUCAGACUAUUUCGAAAUAAGUGCAGAUACAUCCCCUCUUCAUGUAGCUAAAAGGGGGAAUGACACUGAACAUUUCAGCAACCUGACUGCUUGCUCAGAUAUUUAUGCUGAGAGUGUUUCAUCUAGUUUCACAGAGUCAACAGGAAAGUUGAUAGAGAGCUUGUCAGAUUGUGCUUCCUCCUUACCUGUAAAGAAGAUUGCUGGUAGUAAUUGUAACACUUUUUUGGACUCUGAACUCAGUAUGUUAAGUGGGACAAAAGUAUUUUCAGACAGUGCUUUGGGCAGUGAUCAAGAUUGUACUGGUGAUAUAACAGAGGCAUUGCAUGAACUUAAAACUGCUGAAGAGUUCAAAACAAAAGAAGAAGAUGGCUCAGAGACUACAGAAUUUGGUGUAACCUUUCCUGAUAUAGAAUCAGUGUCUGUGGAAACAUCCAUGGAAUCGAAAGCAACUGAUAUGUCUCACACAGAAGCAAGUGCUGCUACUGAGGAGAGCUGGGAGUCUAUGUUUAAUGAUGAUGGUGACUGCCUGGACCCACGUCUUCUACAAGAGUUAUCAGGGAAUAUGAAGAAUAGAGAAAGCAUCCAAGAACCUAUAUUUGAUUAUUACAACCAUGAAGUUCCUGAUAUUGACCUCAGUGAUUGUGAAUUCCCACAUGUCAUUGAAAUUUAUGACUUCCCCCAAGAAUUUCGUACUGAAGAUCUUCUACGGAUUUUCUGCACUUAUCAAAAGAAAGGAUUUGAUAUUAAAUGGGUGGAUGAUACACACGCCCUAGGAGUAUUCUCCAGUCCGAUUACAGCUCGUGAUGCUCUGGGUAGUAAACAUACCAUGGUGAAGAUCCGGCCCUUGUCGCAGGCUACGAGAGCAGCCAAGGCCAAAGCUAGAGCUUAUGCUGAGUUUCUCCAGCCAGCAAAGGAGCGUCCUGAGACUUCAGCAGCCCUAGCCAGAAGGUUAGUCAUCAGUGCCCUUGGGGUUCGAAGUAAGCAGAGCAAAACCGAACGGGAAGCAGAACUUAAGAAACUGCAAGAAGCCCGCGAGAGAAAACAAUUGGAAGCCAAGCAACGGGAAGACAUCUGGGAAGGCAGAGACCAGUCUGCAGUUUGAACAUCAUUUGAUGACAGGGAUAAUUCCAGGAAUUCAGAAAAUAUUUCCAGUCUUCAGAGGAUUUUUCCAGAGCUCUGUGUACAUGCAGAUGUGCAUGUUAACGAAAGAAAGAGAUAAGCGAUCAAGACAAGGGCUGAUGAGGUAUAGGAGGAAGACAGACUCCUGUUUGUCUUCACUCCUAAAUGCAGUUCUUUGGAACUGCCUUAACUGUGUUGGACGUGGAAGGAAGCCAUCAGCUAGGAAGAAACUUGGAAGAUGUGACUUCCAAGAGUCCUCUGGACAGGGCAAGUCACACUUCCAAGAUGUUUUAAGCAAAUGCAAAACAGAGGAUUCAAACCUGUGAUGAUGGGAGAUUAAGGCACCGCAAAGGCAGGGUGUUCCUUAGUACCUCACAAAGCUGAGAACAGCAGUAUUGCAGGGGGCGGGUGAGGUGGGCGGUCAGAGGGGAGGGAGCUGUUAGUACAAGGAGAUGGAACGGUAUCUGGAGUGCUUGGUAUUCACAGAAUCUGCACUGCCGGUUCCAGAACCCCAAAGUUGGUGAACUGCAGCAGGUGUAGGUAUUUGGACUCCAGAGCUUGUACUAAGCUGAGUGCCUGGGGCUGCUCCAGCCGCAUGGCAGCCUGGGGCGUGCCCGCUUCAUUCCUUACAGGAAGCCGGUCUUGGGAGCUGUGUGCCAGUUCCAGUUUAAGCAGUACUAUCACGUUGAAAGAGAAAGACAUUAAAGCCCAUUUUAUG